AUCACAGAUACAGCGUUUAAACCUCCAGGAAGAGGUUAAAAAUCCAGGAUGCAAGACCUAAUGUAUGUAAAUUUUAGAUGGGGUUGGGCUUCCCAGGUAUUUUGAAGUCAAUAAAAACUCAGUCACCUGUCAGAGAGAGAGCAUGCCAGUGUGUGUUUGACUGUCAUUACAUCGUCAUCUCCUAUUCUAAGAGGCAAACCAUGUCUGGAACAAUGAAGGAAUCUGUCUUUAAGGGAGUGGAUCUCCACCCACAGACCAACAACGCUAACCACCACACCAGAGAAAUCUCCCUGACUCGGCUGAUAGUGAGGCGGGGCCAGCCCUUCAAACUGACCCUUAAUCUGAGGCAACCUUUCAACGCUUCUAUUCAGCCGCUACACAUCUCUGCAGCGACAGGAAAACGUCCGACUGAGAAACAGGGGACGCUAUCAUUCUUCGGUGUCCCAGAUGUUGUCAAACGUUCACCAUCAGCAAAGGCGGUGUGGAAGGUAGAGCUUGACAAGGGUUCCUCCACAGUAACAGGCAACCUGAUCCUCACCAUCACCCCCCCGGCUGACACCCCCAUAGGGGAGUACACCAUGACUGUGAAGCACAGAGAUCAGGAAAUGGUUCUGGCAAAGCCUGUGGUGCUCUUCAACCCCUGGUGUCCCGAUGACUGGGUGUAUCUGAAGGAUGAGAAUGAGAUAAACGAGUAUGUGAUGAAUGAACAAGGAAUUAUCUACAGAGGUAGUAGCACCUACAUCGGCUCUUGUAACUGGGACUUUGGACAGUUUGAAGACAACAUGGUGGACAUUUGUUUGAGGAUGUUGGACCUCAACCCCAAAUACAUGAAAGACCCUGGUGACGAUGUCUCUGCUCGCUGUAACCCCAUCUACGUCAGCCGCGUGGUCAGCGCUAUGAUCAACUCUGUAGAUGACAGUGGUGUCCUGGAGGGAAACUGGUCAGGUUCAUAUCCGAAUGGGGUCUCACCCUCUCACUGGACCGGCAGUUACGCCAUCCUUAAGCGCUGGUUUGACACCGGCUCCUACCCGGUCAAGUACGGGCAGUGCUGGGUGUACGCCGGUGUGAUGUGUUCAGUGAUGCGCCUGCUGGGCUUCCCCUGCCGCGUGGUCACCAACUUCGAGUCAGCCCAUGACAACGACAGGAAUCUGACCAUCGACGUGUACCACGCAGACUACGGAGUCAGAGAGACACCAUCCCCAGACAGUAUUUGGAACUUUCAUGUGUGGGUGGAGGCGUGGAUGAGGCGGCCAGACCUGGCAAAGGAUGGCAAAUAUGACGGCUGGCAAGUUCUGGAUCCAACACCACAGGAGAAGAGCCAAGGUGUUUACUGCUGCGGUCCAGCCCCCGUCGUAGCCAUCCUGAACGGAGAAACAGACCUCAAAUAUGACACCCCAUUUGUCUUCGCUGAGGUCAAUGCCGACUGCAUUGACUGGCUGGUCAAAGCUGACGGUUCAAAAGUGAAUAUCUUCUCUGACACGGCGAGAGUCGGUCAGAAUAUCUCUACCAAGUCUGUCGGCUCCAAUAAGAGGAUGAACAUCACCGACAGCUACAAAUACAGAGAGGGAACAGAGAAAGAGAGGUCUGUCUUUCACUACGCCACCACCAGAGACCUCUCCAAGGUUGAUGAGAUUGAGAAGAAGGAGGAGGAGACGGACGUAGUAACCCCAGUCAUCCCCCUUCAACCUCCGUCACAGCCAAUGUCCAUGCAUUUUGAAGAGGUGACCCCACCAAAGAACUGUGAGGUUGUGAGAUUGAUGCUGGUGCUGCAGAGUAAGAGCAGUGCUGCCAUGCGACUGUCCAUCAACAUCAGCGUCCAAGCCAUGAGGUACAACGGCUCACCAGCUGGGACCAUCCAGGCCGAGGUGAAGGAGGAGACACUGCAGCCUGGGAAAGAUCUCUCUGUCCCUAUCCAGGUCCCGUUCUCGGCCUACUAUAAACCCAUGAUAGAGUGUGACAUCAUGAAGGUUUCAGCCUUGGUCACGGGCAAAGAGAAGCCAGAUAACACAUACCUGGCUGUGCAUGACGUCGUGCUGCUUGACCCUCCUAUCUCCAUCACGGUUUCUGGUAUAACCAAAAUGAACAGAGAGGCAGAAGGGGAGGUGGUUUUCAUGAACCCGGUCACCGAGACGCUGAAGGAGUGCACUCUGACUAUCUCUGGAAGUGGCCUGUUGAAAGAGGACAUUGAAGUCAAGAUUCCAGAUUUGAAGACAAACAACCGAAUAUGUGUCAAGUUCCCCUUUGUUCCCUACAAGCCCGGUAACAAGACUCUCGUGGCCGACUUUGACUGCUCCACCUUCAGAGAUAUCAAGGGCAGCUGCACUGUAGAUGUAAAGCUGUAAAUUCUCUGUAUCGCUGUUAAGAGUCACAAACAUUGUAGGUUCAAGUUUGUAUCUUGCUCCUUUGCAGAGAAAGGCAGCUGCAGUCAGUUUAUAUAUAUAUAUAUAUAUAUAUAUAUAUAUAUAUAUAUAUAUAUAUAUAUAUAUAUAUAUUGUAAAUUGUAGAUUUGUUCAUCUAAAGUUUUACAAUCUCCAAAGGACUUAAACACAGCGUGAAAAGUGAAACUAAAAUGUUACUGUGCCACCCAACAAGCAGCAAACUGAGAAGUCGUUUAGUUUUGUGUAAAGUCCAUUAAAGUAUUUGAUUUCAGGGGGUCCGUUCGCAUCCUCCCCCCUCACACACACACUAUGUGCUGCAUGACAGUGCCUAGUUAGUUGGCUCAAUACUGUGUUAAUCUUUUACACAAUUGAAAAUUAUGCUAAAACCUCUCUGCAGCACGUAGGCAUAUAGACCUACACACACAAAGCAUUGACUACCAGCUUUUGAAAGCAGCAAACAUACCGGUAGGCCUACAUACUGUAACGACUCCACACACUGUCCCCUGGAAAUGUCCCUGGGAUGAUUUUAUAUUGAUGUGAUAUUCCUGAAAUGUCAGAAAGUCAAAACAUGUGAUUUCCUGGAAAUGCUAAUUCAUCAAGUUAAUUAAAUAAUAUUUGAUCAGACAUGCAUGUCUUGUUUGAGAUAACUGCAAGAUUUAAUUUGUUUCUUCACAGUCAUGCUCUAAGUAGUUAAACUAUUGUCAAUUCAUGUCAUUGUCAAGUUCCCUGUAUGAACUUGUGUACUUAC